AUCUGACCUCCUGAGGCAAGUGGUACUUUUUAUGACAUCCCUGAGCACUGCGAUAAGCGGACAACAUGAAGGCCAUAUCUGUUCCAUUGAGGUUGUUUGAUAGAAAUUCAGCCUCAGGAGACACUCUCAAUGUUCAAGCAGCAAAAUAUCAGCGACAUAUGGAUCACCAGGAGAGCCCGGAUCACUCUGGACACAACGACAGCCGAACAGUGGGCGACAACAGACAAAAUGAGAAGAGCCAUCGAGGAGUUCAUUUUGCAUUUCUGCCAGAGACGUACGAGCUGCUGGUAGAUGAGGAGCAAGACGAGGCAAAAGAAGAGAAGAAGAAAAGGAAGAAAGAAAAGUACAAAAAAGUCAGGAAGAAUGUUGGCAAGGCUCUGCGCUCCACCUGGAAGUGUCUAAUGCUCGGUCUGUACAAUUUUGCCCUGGGCUACUCUACUCCGAUCACAGUGGCUGCUACUUUUGUCCCUGAUUUCCACCACGGCAGGAACAAGCCCUGAGCUAGUGAUACCUCCUCCUUUUUCUAGCUGUACAUACCAGUGAACCAACGGACACAAGACUUUUCAUAUGUGUAUAAUAUUUGUGUAUGAGAAUGUAUUUUGUUACUAAACAUUUUAAUUACAAUAAGCUUGUUUGCUGUAGGAACUGAAAAAAACACUUUUGUAAGACAGACCUUUUUUUUACCACAUUGGAAAAAAACAGGUGUUUUAAUAAGACUCAGUGCACUAAUCAACUGUCAUGUAUUUCUUUAUUUACACCUGUACAUGUGUGACAUGUUGGUGUUAACAAUCCUAAUGUCCUACUGUUGGUCAUAAUAUGGCACACUAAGCUUUGCAAAAUGUGCACAUGAUAGUGUAUUUAGUUAAAUUGUCAGAAACAAUUGCUCUGUGUAUAGAUAUAAUGCUUUAUGUAGUGCCUAAGUUACAUAUUUCUCAUGCAUGUAUUGACUGCCUUUUUCAACUUUUUUUUAAUUUGAUAUCAAGCAUCAAGCUGGUGUUGGCAGCUGUGCAGAGGGAUAAUGUGGGAGAUACCCUUACAGGAAUGUGAUCAUCACUUUCUGAAAAGACAUGUUAAGUUGAUCAGAAUGUAUUUGUGAGACUAUUGAAGGUAGUCAUUGUCAUCUGAACAUUUCAGAGUAACUGUAUGUGUGCGAGUCUGAUUAAGGUUUUGCAAGUCUUGAUAUUUGUAAGUUGAAGUUUGAUAAAAUGUUAAUAAACUGUAAGACAAACUUAA